AUGAAAGCUUCAAAAUCAUUCAAUGAUGAUAUUGUUAACGUUCGACCACUGCCACCAGUUAAAAAGCCUAUCACUUUAAAAACAGCUCUUAAAGCUUUUGGAUUAUUUUGUACAUUCACAGGCAGUGGUCUUUUAGGUUACAAACUAUUUGUAGCUUUACCAUCAUACAAUGGACCAACAAGAGAUUUGCAAAAUAAACCAAUUGUGAUAACACAACCAUGUUCCAAAAUUUCCCGUGAAUUAGUAUAUAAUUUAGCUAAACAAGGUGCUCAUCUCAUUUUGGCUGAUGAUCAUUGGGAUAGAUAUAUGAUUGAAUGUCGACGUUUAGAAUUGGAUAGUAUGAUAUCAAUACGUCGUUUUACUGCUAGUCUAUUAACAGAUUAUUCACAAUUAGAUACAGUGAUUAUUCAAUCACCAUCAUGUAUUAGUAAUAUUAUUUCUGGUAAACGUUGUUUAACACAUGAUGGAUUUGAAAAAGAAUUAGGUAUAAAUUAUUUUGCUGCUUAUUUAUUAAGUCGUUUAUUAAUCAAUCGAUUAAAUGAGAAUAAUGGACGCCUUAUUCUAGUUGUUGAUACCAAAUCAGCUAAUAUAGAUCAAGAGAAUGUAAUGAAUCCAUCAGAACCAUCACAAAUUACAAUUCCAUUAGAUAAUAUUAAUUGGGAUAAUGAUAUAAAUUAUACACCAAAGAAUGCAUAUCGUCGUGCACAAUGGUUUCUAUUAAUGUUUGCUGAUGAACUUGCACGUCGUAAUUCAUCAAUUCAAGGUAAUAAAGCAUCAAUUCUAGUUACAAAUCCUAUUGUUACACGAGGUUUAAAUCCUGAAAUGGAUGAGAAAUAUUUAAAUACUGAAGGAAUUUUAAAAUUAAUCUACAUGUUAAUCGAUGCUUGUCCACGUUUAAUUAGUCGUAAAGGAUCAAAUACUAGUUUAUUUUGUACAACUGUUGAUUCUUCUAUUAUUGAUUCAAUAAAUGAUCAAUCUAUUGUUCAUUGUGCUCCAAUCUAUCAAGAUUUACGUUUAUUAAUUUCUUCGAAACAUAUAGAUCAAACUAUUGAAAAUAGACGUUAUGCAUCAGAAUUAUUAUGGAGAUUAAGUGAAAAAUGGACUCGAUUAGAUACUCAUCCUAAUCCAUUACCAUUACCUAAUAGACCAUUAAUAAAGAAUAAUAAUAAUAAUAGUAAACUAUUAGAUGGUAAAGUUGAAACUGUCUCAACAAUUCAUGCAUAA